GGAAAGCCAAAGAUAUAAAAAUAAUACUCGGUAGGCACUGGCUGAAUCCAUCAGGAACCCCCACAGUUUGAAUUGAACCCCUAAUUAGGAUUAGAAUUCAUGUUAUGAAUUGUUGAUAUAUUCUCAGUCUCUCUUUAUUCUCUUGUAUAAAUUCCAACUUCUCUUCACUCACUCAUCGAGCCCUCACGCCUUUUCUAUACCCUGUUCUUUGCCGCUGCAGAACUCUCGAUUCUAUGAUAUGAUCGAGCAAUGAGUAUUUUCUCAUAUGUGCGGAGCAUUUAUGCUCUAGAUACCAUCGAUACACGCUUCACGAGUUCUUCUUCAACUCCAUACGAAAUUGAUCCUGCUGCUGCAAAGUCGAAACGAGAUGACUCCAAACCUGGCGAAGGGGUACGAACAGACAGUAAUGGCAGACCAGUGGCCCAGCCUUCGAGAUGGAAUACCACAGAGUUUUAUUUCUAUUACUUCAUCUUUUUAACGGUUGUGCCAUACAUGUUUUGGAUCGCCUACGAUGUGUCUAGACCUUCCGAUCCUAAUUACCAUAAAUACCAGCACCUUCUUUCUGAUGGAUGGAUUCCUGGGCGCAAGAUUGAUAUUUCGGAUGCACAAUAUUAUAACUUUCGAACCAAUGUACCAUAUCUUGCGAUUCUCGUCGUUUUUCAUCCUAUCCUUCGACGAAUCUAUGAAUUUCUCAGACCCAUCUCUGCUCGAGUAGGAUCUCCGAAACUAAACGGCAAUAAUACAUAUAUAUCUGUGGCAGAAGGCAAUGCGAGACUUCAACAACGGACCGGGUUCGACUUCAUUUUUGCUUUCAUAUACCUCCUGGCUUUGCAUGGAUUUUCUGCAUUCAAAGUCAUUGUGAUAGUCUACACAAACUACUGUCUGGCGACUCGACUUCCUCGAAAGUUUGUGCCUAUAGCAACCUGGGUUUUCAAUAUCGGUAUAUUGUUUGCAAACGAGCUCUCAGAUGGGUACAGAUUUACAUCAAUGGCACAAUAUGUGUCUCCCAAGAAUGGGGCCGGUUUCCAAGAAGGGGCUAUGUUGCAUAGCUGGGCAGAGUGGAUGGAUAGUUAUUCGGGCAUUAUUCCACGAUGGGAGAUUCUGUUUAACCUUACUGUCUUGAGACUGAUCAGUUUUAAUUUGGAUUAUUACUGGAGUUUAGAGAAAGGAGCUGGAAGUGCAUUAGAGAAGAAGCAGCUUAACCCUGCCAAUCUUUCUGAAAGAGAUCGCGUUUCAAUGCCUGCACCAGACAAGGACUACAAUUAUCGAAACUACUUCGCAUAUGCGAUUUAUGCCCCUUUAUAUUUAGCAGGACCAAUUUUCACAUUUAAUGAUUACAUUUCUCAGUCGAAAUAUCGCCCGGCUAGCAUAGACAGUAAACGAACCUUCAAGUAUGGUAUUCGUUUCCUGCUUUGUUUGUUGGCAAUCGAACUUCUCCUACAUUUCGACUACUGCGUGGCUAUCUCCAAAGGCAAUCCCAACUGGUCUGAUUAUACCCCGGCUCAACUGAGUUUACUCUCAUACUUCAAUCUCCAUGUACUAUGGUUGAAGCUUCUCUUACCCUGGCGAUUCUUCAGACUUUGGUCUCUCAUUGAUGGGAUUGACCCCCCGGAAAAUAUGCUUCGCUGUCUUUCCGAUAACCCAUCCACAGUUCAAUUCUGGCGAAGCUGGCAUCGCAGCUAUAACCGCUGGAUCAUCCGCUACAUUUACAUUCCUAUGGGAGGUUCAUCGUCAAGAAAUUGGCAAGCUCAAGUCCGAUCAAUUGUUAAUUAUCUCGUGGUUUUCACAUUUGUAGCCUUGUGGCACGAUAUAAGUCUUAACCUGUUGGUGUGGGGUUGGCUAAUAGUUUUCUUCAUGUUGCCGGAAGUUAUUGCUGGCAUGCUCUUCCCAAGAAAGAAGUGGCUCAAUGAUCUUACAUAUUACAGAGUAAUUUGCGGCAUUGGUGCAGUGGCGAAUCUGAUGUUCAUGAUGAUAGCAAACUUAGUUGGGUUUGCUGUUGGCGUUGAUGGGUUGAAGAGCAUUAUUUCUGGCAUUUUUAGGGACUUUUCAGGAAUCGUUUUCCUGAUUACGGCCUGGGGAGCACUCUUCGUUGGGUGUCAGGUUAUGUUUGAAGUGAGGGAGAGUGAACACAGAAAAGGAAUUUUCCUAAGAUGUUAGAAUUAUCAUUGAGACCAAUAUUAAGAUUUGCAGUUUUUUUCAUACUUGAGCUUCUUCUAUAUUCUUGAUCAGUUGAUUCUUUGAUUUGUUGAGAGGUGACUCGCUUAGUUCAAAACUAUUCCCUCUAAAAUUCAAUCUUUACCAGGCGGUGAAUGAUCUUAUAUCCCGCAGAAGCAUUGCACUUUCUCAAGUCGACAUUUGAUCUGACUCUCCUCUUCUGCAUCUCAUCCCAAUGUCAAUAGUCACUGGCACUUCCAACAAUCGAUAUCGUUUUCCCACGCAUAAUCCGACAGGAGAACCUUCCCAGCUCAAUCCAUUAACUCGAUGGAGUUUUGGUGUCACAAAAGGUGUGACAUAUUCAUCAAGUAAUAUAUCCGUGGAUUUGAGUUGGAUAGCGGGAAACUGAGGAAUAAAUGUGGUUUGGGAAUGGGUCUUGGGGUAAGUCCGUGGAGUGAGGGUUUCUUAGGAGGGUAGCGAAUCGAUGGGCUCUGGAAUUUAAGGAGAGUUUGGAUGCGUUUCUUGUAAUCAAAAGUUCCAAUAAUCUUUCGAUCGUAAAGCUUCAUCGAGUUGAAGCGGGGUCGGAAGACUUGGGAUGGAAUGUUUGGGGCGCAUUGCCAGAGAUGAUUCAGACUUCUGUGUGCAGUCUUUUCUAUGUGAUCUUCUUCCAGUUCAAUUGUUUAUUAUUUUUCUUUCCUUAUUUAUGCUCGUAUAUCUGUGGUAUCUAUUUUCUAUGAUACAUUCAUUAACCGCAUUCUAACAGUAGGGCUCGUUUUUCUUGUCACGCGAAGUCAAGAAAGACGAUUUUCUUAUUUGUAGCAACAAAUAGAUCAUAGAAAGUUGGAAUUCUUUUGCACGAUUUUUAAUUAUAGACGCUUCAAGUGGCAUAAAUCAAUUCUAUUUGUCAAUUUAUACGGAACGUAGUAUAGAAUCCCAGUGAGCAGGUCUGCCUUGCCCGAAAAGGUAAGGGCUCGUUCGGAUCGUUUUCCUAUAUAUUUGAUAGAUAUUUCAAAUGGCAAGGAUAUUGGGAUAUUGAAGCUAAUACAUAUUGGGGUGUAUUUGAAUAUAUUUUAGUGAAGCUA